AUGUCCGAACCAUACACAAUGACGUAUUGCGUGGCGUGCCGUCAGAAGACUUCGUGGAGCGGUCAGCCGACACUGAAACAGACCAGAAACUUGAAGGCCGGUCUACGAGGUGUAUGCGUCAGGUGCAACAAAACAAAGUUCACCUUCGUCACCACAGUAUACUACUGUAACAAACGGCAAAAUCCGUCGUCUGCGUCAAAUGCGAAAUGA